UCGGGUUUCUUGUUUUUCAUCCAUAUGGAUCAAAGGCUGACACAGGCUGCUCAAUCGGGAAGCGUCCAUGAAUUGUACGAUCUAAUCGACGAUGAUCCGUACGUUCUCGACAAAAUCGAGUCCGUUCCAUUCAUCAACACUCCUCUCCAUGCCGCCGCAGCUAACGGGAGGACCGCUUUCGCCAUGGAGAUGAUGAAUCUGAAGCCAUCCUUUGCCAAAAAACUUAACCCAAAUGGGUUCAGUCCACUUCAUGUUGCCUUGGACAAGGACCAAACCCGGUUAGCUCUCGAGCUUCUCAAGUUCGAUCCCAGCCUUGUCCGUGUCCGAGGCAGACAAGGUAUGAUGCCGUUACAUCUUGUGGUGAGGAAGGGGGAUACAGAACUUGUUACAGAGUUCAUUCUGGCCUGCCCUGAAUGCAUCAGAGACGUUAACGUGAACGGCGAGACUGCUCUACACAUUGCGGUGAUUAACGAUAGAUAUGAAGAACUUCGAGUUAUUACGGGUUGGGUCCAAAGAAUGCGCCAAAAAGACGCUUCUUUCCUCGAGAUUCAAGUUCUGAAUAGACGAGAUCAAGACGGAAACACAGCUUUGCACGUCGCUGCAUACGAGAAUAAGCACGAGGCACGUUUCUUUCUUAUCCUUCUCGCUAAUUCUCAUCUCGGGCACGGAUCAAAACUUAACACUUUUCUUACGCAGGCUGUAAAACUGUUGCUCGGAAGUCCAGGGGUUAACCGAAACAUCGAGAACAGGAAUGGUCUAACAGCUCUCGAUAUCUUACAAACCCGGAGACAAGACAUAGACAGAGACAUGGAGAAGAUGGUACGAAGAUCCGGGGCCAAGAACUCAGCUUCUCUGUCCAGAACCAAGAAAACAUCCGAGUUCUUGGGAUCUCCGGUCACUUUCUUCGAGUACUGGUCCACAACCAUGGCUCGUUACAGAAACCACAUCUCGGACGGGACACGAAGCGCGCUUCUGGUGAUAGCCUCUCUGAUAAUCUCUACCACUUAUCAGACAGCUCUCCAGCCUCCAGGAGGAGUUCAUCAAGAUACCGGUAAAGUAGUUAUGACAAAUGGGUACUUCCAAGUCCUUCGGAACUCGAAUGGAAUGGCAAUCUGGUCAGCUAUUCUUAUGACGUUUCUUCUUUUACCUGUCGGAGGAGAACAUCUUUGGUUCUUCUUGUUGAUAUCAAUGCCUCUGUACAUUUCUUACGCGGUUUCGAUGGCUGCAAUCUCACCAGACUCUACAUGGUAUCUCAUCUCUGUCGGGAUUUCGCUGAUAACUUAUAUCGUCAUUUACUUAGUGAUAUUUUUCUUCAAGUGGAAGCGUUCUAAGCUGAAGAAGAUACCUAAAUCGAGGAGCGAGCUGAUUUCAGAAGGUUUCACUACGCUCAGUCUCGCCAGAGGUGUUGAGCAGAGCCAGAUGUUUGCAUGGUGAUUGUUGGGCCUUAAGGCCCGUUGGCGGAAGAAAGUGAACCUUCCCUUUGGAAAAGAGGUUUCGGGUUUUAACCCGAAACGCAGCGUUUCAUCCUGGGGGUUAAUGAAACCCUAAUGGGUUUCGGGACUUUGACACGGAGAGAGGCGCGGUGCUCGAGGUGGAGAGAAGAAAGGCGAUCGCAGAGGCGAUCGUGGGAAGGAGAGGAAGAUCGCGACGGAGGAGGAGUUUCCCGACGAUGGAGAAGCUUCUGACCGGGGGCGGUCACCAAAGGUGAGUCGCGGAGUAGGUCGGUAAGUGUCUCGUAUCCUGUCUCUUGGUGUUUCUCGGUGAGCCUCCGACCUUGUGUGGAGAGCCACCGCGUGUUAUCCCUUCUCUGUUGUUUCCGUUCUAUUCUAGUGGAUUCGCCGGCACCGUCCGGCCGAGAUGUAGGCCCGAGGAAACUCGGUAACCGAACUCGUUAAAACUCCGGUGUCGUUUCUUCUUCUUGCACGAACAAGCGUCGGAGUGGCCGUGAGAACUCGAUACCGACUUCACAAAGUGGUAUCAGAGCUCCGGUUCCGAUCCAGGGAGAAUCGCCGGCAAAGGCGAGGUAAGUUAGGGUUCUUGGUUCGAAUCUCGACUGUGUGAACGAUUUGAUGUUUCGUUAAGUGUUUCAGUGAAAGACGAAGGCGGAUCGGCGACGGUGGGAGUAUAUCUGAAAGUCUCGGAGUCGCCGGCGGCCAGAUCCAUCGAGGUGGAGCGUCUGAGAUCGAGACUCGGUGAACCAGAUUCGAACCCGGUGAGUCAGGUAAGGUUUUCUGACUCGGUUUUAUUAUUUUUCCGCGAUUUCUCCGAUUUGAGUCCGAGUUUCAAAGGAAACUCGGUGAACUCGGCGGAGAAAUGCUCGAUUCCGGCGAAACUCGGUCCGAACUCGUCCGAGUUAGGGCUGA